AACCUUGUUAAUCAAGAGAAUAUGAUUACUUUACAAAUGGCUGAUCGCUGCUUGUCCAUUUUUAAGAUAUUUAAGGCCGCUAACAAGAUAGCAAAUAAAGAUUUAGUAACGAUUCAGGAAUUUAUAGCAUUAAAAGAUUUUUUAUUAAAAAAGAUAUUGCGAUCCAAUAAUGAUCUAACAGAUUUUUUCUCUCGUGUUGAUGACUUUCACAAGUCACUUAGAGAUAUUCAAUGUAAUCAAGCCAAGAGCAUCAUAUUUCAAGCCCAAGAGGCAACGAAUAAUUCCGAAAAGGUUAUUAUAAUUAAGGAUGGAUAUCGAGAGCUUAACAGAUCAUUGCAUGAACUACUUUAUGAUAUUACACAACUCGCAAUUGACACCCUUCGUGACGAUACCAUUAACAUACAAGAAAUUGCGAUUGUGCUAUUGGGAUCGUGGGCAAAAGGUACAGCCACUCCCUACUCGGAUAUAGAAUUUUGUAUUCUAGUCAAUAACCAUAACAUGAAAGAAGCGUUACGUCGAAUGGUUCAUUUGAUGAAUUUUAUCGUUAUCAGUCUCGGACAAACCGCGCUUCCUUGGAGUUUAUUUGCAAUCCCUAAUAAAACUAGUGGUAUCGAUUUUGACGACCUACUCAAACCUGGAUUUCAGUUUGACCUGGGAGGAAAAACACCGCUUGGACGUUCGGAUAAGGACUAUGAACUGUUACAAACCCCUCAAAAGAUGGCGGAUUACAUCAAUCCAAUCACGUUCGAGAACGACCCCUUGUUGGUUGCCGAAUUACUUGAUUGUCGAUUCUUGGUGGGAAACAAGUUGUUAUAUGAAAAUUACAAGAAUUUAGUCAAACAAAAGUUGCUGCAAAAAGGAGAUGUAGAUAAUUUGCCCUUUCAUAAACGGAUGGCCAAGGUGUUACUGCAGAUUGGUACCAAAAACUUACAAGCUGAUUUAGAAAAGUAUAAAAUCCGCAUCGAUAAGGUUAGCGAUGAAGGAAAAUUAUUAAACAUUAAGAAUGAAAUUUACCGUUUACCGGACCGACUGAUCGAAGGGUUACAUAUGAAUUUUGCAACGUCUGGUGAAAUGUUAUGGGAUAAAAUUUCAGGGCUCUUGGAAAUGAAUAUUGUCAAUCAGACGGGAGCAGCUCAGCUCGAGUUUAUGACUGCUGUGGCUUUACAAGCCCGUUUGUUUACCUAUCUUAUUCAUGAUAGUCAAAGCGAAAGACUGAGUAUCUGGAAUGCUACUGAGGCAUCCAGUAGCUCAGAAGUUGGAAGCUUUUUAGGUAUAGAUGAUAUCAGUGAUCUAGUGAGAUUCUAUCAAAUCGCAAUACCUCUUUACCGUUUUGUACAAUCAAGUAUUGAUCUGGAAACUCCGGAUCAGAUUAACACCAUGGAAAAUUUUUUGGAUGAGAGGAUAACGACAAAAGCUACGAUAUGCUUCCGGUUCAUGCUUUAUAGGCAAGCAGAACUCUUAUUGCUUGAGGCACAGAAAUCGGGAUCAGAGGAUGCUCACUUUCAAUUGUUUCGAUUGUACGUACACUUGGAGAAACCUCGAUUAGCUUACGAAGCCUAUAAAGAAUACUUGGCGCAUAAAACACCAGAUAUUACUGACCGUUUCAAUUUAGGUUACCUAAAAUUAACUCUGGAAAACCAUAAGGAAGCCCUCGAGGAGUUUAACCUUAUCUUAAGUGAGCUUAUGGCGAAUAAUCAAGAGAUAUCCAUAGAAUGCAUACAAACACAUUGCAUUAUUGCACAAAUCGAGAGUCUAUUAGGCAACCCGAUGGGUGAAUCGAUCCAUUUAAAAAAAGCCAAUGAGGUGGUUGAACGCAUCCCUGACAAACUUAAAAAUCAUGUGAUGAUUGAUUAUUAUAUUAGCAAUGCAAAAUGGUAUGCAAAUCAAAAACAAUACAAGCGCAGCAAAUAUUACGUUGAAUGCGCUCUCGAAUAUACGGGCGAGCUUUAUGGAAAGCAAGUUCAUAUUAAAUUAGUCGAUAUUUAUCAGCAAGCAGCUGAAAUUGCGGAGCGAUUCAACCAACGAGAGCAAGCAGUGGAAUAUAGGGAAUUGGUUAUUAAAAUGCUCACCACCCUCUACGCAGGUAGAGUUGCAAAUCGGCUAUUAAAGGCAUACAUUGAUCUUGCUAAUACUUUGUGCCUUGUUGGAGAAUUUGUUCCAGCUCAAAAACAAUUGGAUUAUGUUUCUUCAUUGUUAUUUGUCGUAGAGCACGAGCUCACGAGCAAAGCCAUUAGCUUUCAACUUUUGCAUAGCUACAUGAAGCUUGAACAAGCGAGAAAAGGCUACAAGAGCGCAUACGAAUAUUAUGAAAAGGCUAUGACGCUGUAUCAAAAAUCCCUUACAGGAAAUUCUUAUCAUCGAUUGCAACUCGCAAAAUUCUAUCUGGAUGCUUUUGAUAUCUGGAUUCAUUAUAAUAAAUGGCAGGAAAGCGAACAAAGAAUAUGUGAAGCUGUCAAAAUUAUUACAGAAUUCUACGGUGAAAGUCACAGUGACCUUGCAAAAGCAUAUUACCAAUUAGCCAGCCUAGAUCUACUAGAAAAGAAGACACUGAGCGCGGAGGAAAAAUUGCUACAAUCGUAUAGUAUUUACGAGGAACUGCCUAAAAUUUAUCCCAAUUAUCUAGAUACUCUCAUGAAAUUAAAUGAGAUUUGCCAACAAUCUAAGGAGGAAGGACGCGCCUUGUUGUACGCUGAAAAAGCUUAUCAAUAUGCUGAAAAAUUACAACCAAACUUACUAUUAGAAACUAUUAUGCACUUUCUCGAUGCCGCAUUAGCAAAAAAGGAUUACCAAUCAGUUAUACCGCAUGCCGAUUCCAUGUCAACGAUAAUAACUAAAUUGGAUGAGUCUUAUGCAGCAGGAAAUGAGCUUGAACAACUAGACUAUGUUUCGCUGGAAGGAAUUUUAAAAAUUAAAAAAAUAAAACAAAAAUUGCUUGAAGUGCAGAUCAUGUCGUACUUUUCAGAAAACAAUCGAGAGAAAAUUUUAGGAAUGACAAACCAGCAAAUCGUUAUGUCAAUAAACAAAGGGGAAAUUAAUAAAUUAGCAAGCAAAUUAUUGGAAACAGGUGUAUCGGGAUACAAAUGGGACAUAGCAUUACAUCAAGGAGAAAUUAAGAAAUUAUUGGGGAAAUUAUUAAAAACAGAUAGUUUACAUCGACCUGAUUUAAUUGAUUUGAUUAGAGACUAUUCAAAAGUGAUUGAUAAUGGACAACGCUUGUUGGAUGAAAUACGCGCACAUGUAUCACCUAAGAAUGUGUUAGAGACACUCUUUUUAAAAGCAAUAGAAGCAGAAACACCACCAGCUGGUUUUGAUUCAAGACGUUAUUUAAGGAAUACGCUUGAAAAGUACUCUAUUAAGUGUGAAAACAAAGAGGAAUUUGAACAAUUAUUGGAACUCUCGGGCCAAUUUCCGGUUAUUAUUGAUUUGGCUACUGUUUGCAUCACGAUUGGCAAAUUCAAGAGCGUAAAAGCCUAUUGUGAUUUUUUGCAAUCUGUCAAGUCUGAGCUUCAUACCAGUUUUAUCCACCUUAAUAAUACCUGUACUUGUUUUCUAUUUAAUUUUUCGGCUAGUAAACUAAUAUUGGUUGAUGAGUUUAAAAUGCUUGCUGAAAACGAGACACAUUAUACCGAAUUGAUCAGCAAUAAUUGCUUGUUAUAUUUAAUGCAUCUCAUUGGGGAUAAGGCUCCUAAGGAUUUCUUUCAAUCUUCAUUAAUUCAUCUAGGGUUAACCGAAGAACACGCAAAUCAUAUUCUCUUGAUCCUACUCAAACUCAACUGGUUAACGUGUGAAAAUGAAUUUAUUUAUAUCCGUAGUUUCGUUAGACAAAUCUUAAGUUUCAAUUUUCAUAAAAAUUAUAUAAUAUAUGCUUUACAAAAGCUCAUUAUAGCUUGUUACCUAUACCUAAAGAAAUUUGACAAGGUAAAUGUCAAAAUGUUACAAGUGAUGAAUAUUUAUCGGCAGACCUUGCUUAAACUUCACGUACCUAUCGAUAAGCAAAAAGAUGAUAUGGAAAUGGAUAUCGUUACUUUUUUCAGGGACCACCUUCAUAAUUUAUGCGAAAUUUCUAAUAAUUUGCAAAGGUUCGAUCAAAAUACUUAUUUAAAAUUAUUGAUUGACUUAUAUGAUAAGUAUGACCUAAACAAGAAUACCAAAGAAUAUGCGGAAAUUAUCACUUCACUUGGAUUUGCAGAGUACAAUGCCUCAAACUAUCAUCAAAAGUUGAAACUUCUUCAAGAGGCGCAUGCCAUUAAAGCUCAAUUAUACGGCAAAAAUGAUCCAUUAUACGCGCAAAGUUUAAAUAAUCUUGCAAACGCAUACGGAAAUAUUGGAGAUAGAUCAAAACGAUCUACCCUCAGCGCGGAAGCUUUGGAAAUCUUAAAACGCGAUUAUAACUUAACCUGUCCUAGUUUAAGUAUUGAAGAACAAACGACGAAGGAGAUCAACAUACUCAACACCAUGGAAACUUUAGCAAUGGGCUACUUAGGGGCGGAUAAAACGCGACAUAUAGAAUUGCUAAGGGAAUGCAUAAAUUUCUAUAAUGAUCAUCAACUCGAUAGGCCAAAUAUCAAGGAAAAGAUAUUACGCGCACUUAUGGAGGUUUACCAAGAUAACAAGAUGCCUGCAAAAAUGUUGGAUACAUAUGAGACUUUAGAGUCAUUACAAAAACAACUCUAUCGAGAAGGAACCCAAGCCUACGCGUAUAAUGCAGGUUCUACCUUGUUAUGGUUAGCAAAUUCACUUAACAUUUCAAUAGAUUUUGACGUUAUAGCAGAAUCAGAAGAGGAAACAAGUAUCGCGCUUGAAAUGAACGCUAGAUCGCGUCAAGCAGUUUCCAAGGCUAUUCAGUUACUCUCUACUUUUUAUCCAGAGGAUAAUUAUCUCCUUACAAAUGCACAUGUUAUCUUAGCUUACAUUAACCACAUGAAAGAUUACUUAAUUGUAAUACAAAAGUGGUUUGAAGUCAAGAAGCGCUAUUCGGAAGGAAAUCUUGAUCAAGUCAAAAUCCUUUGUAGUGAAAUUGCCCAAGUAUCCAAUAAUCCGAUGGCAAAGAGUAUGGCGUUGUCUUCAAUUGCAACCAUUGACUUUAUUAAAGCAAAAAAAAAUGAUUAUAUGACCCAAAAAAUACGGGAAAAUAUCUUUAAACAGUACCAUAAUGCUAUCGAGGCGUAUGACUCGGCUGAUGUGCAAAUGAUGCUUGCUAUAGCCUAUUUUAUCAAUGAUUAUUACGAACAGGCAAUUAUUCAUGCGGAAAAUGCCAUACAAAGAUUGACAGAAAGCUCAAAUGCUGAUAUGUCUUUCGAACAAUUAGAAAUACCCAUUUUACCCAUUGCGAUUCAGAUGUCAUUAAAGGAUAAGAUAGAAGAAAUUCCCAUUAAAUAUUUGGCGAGAUACAUUAUCAUUAAUAGCGCGGGUGCCUUGGGGAAUAUCCAUAGCGAAAUGCAAAAUCUAGAAGAAUUUGCACUGCUUUUAUCGUCCGAUGACACGGCCAUCUCCUACCUUUUACUCGGGUUUUGUUAUAUGAGGCAAGGUAAUUGGAGAUUAGCGUUGCAAAUCUUUGGUGACGUUUAUCGAAAGCAACCGGAUAUUAAGUUGGUCCAAGUCAGCCUUGCAUUGGCUCAGUUUUGUACUAAAAUUUCAGAUAUUAUCGAUGCUAUAGAUAUGAGCACCUUUAAGGAAAUUCAGGUAAUAAAUAUUAUUAGUUCAGAUUCGAAUUUAACACAGCAGUUAAUUGAGUAUACAAAGCUUGAUACUCCAAUAGAUGUCAAUGAUGUAAAGGAUUUCAUCAAAGCUAUCAAAUUAUAUUGA